CCAUUAUUCCAGGAUUUCCAGGUUUUUUUUCUCAUCCCAAACCUUUCUAUAAUUCCAUUAUUCCAGGAUUUCCGGAAUUUUCAGGUUCUUUCCCUCCCAAACCUCUCUGUAAUUCCAUUAUUCCAGGAUUUCCAGGGUUUUUUUCCAUCCCAAACCUCUCUGUAAUUCCAUUAUUCCAGAAUUUCCAGAAUUUUGAGGCUUUUUUCCAUCCCAAACCUUUCUGUAAUUCCAUUAUUGCAGGAUAUCCAGAAAUUUCAGGUUUUUCCCAUCCCAAACCUCUCUGUAAUUCAAUUUUUCCAGGAUUUCCAGGUUUUUUUUCCAUCCCAAACCUCUCUGUAAUUCCAUUAUUCCAGAAUUUCCAGAAUUUUGAGGCUUUUUUCCAUUCCAAACCUCUCUGUAAUUCCAUUAUUCCAGAAUUUUGAGGUCUUUUUCCCCAUCCCAAGCCCCUCUAUAAUUCAAUAAUUCCAGGAUUUCCAGAAUUUUGAGGCUUUUCCCCAUCCCAAACCGCUCUGUAAUUCCAUUAUUCCAGGAUUUUCCGGGUUUUUAUUGGAAAACCCCAUUUUUUCCCCCUUUUAAAAUAGAAAUAACCACAAAUCAGGACUUUUAAAUGGGUGGAAAUAUUUUCUUAUCCCAAAUUCCUGCCGGGAUUUCGGGAGAUUUGCAGAGCAAUUCGCUUUUUUUUUGUCAUUUUAAUUGAUCACUUUUGGUUUUCCUCCCGCUUUCACAACAUUUCGCAACCAAAGGAACAGUUGCACAACAUUUUUAUUUUAUUUUUUUUUAAUUUGUUAUCUUUUAUUUACUCGAGGUUUGGGUGGUAUUUUUUGGGCAAAAUGCCUAAAAUUUUGAAUUUUUAAAAUUCCAUUUCAGUUAAAAUUUCAAUUUCAAUGAAAAUUCAAUUUUGAAUUUUUAAAGUGUAUUUUUAAUUAAAAUGGGCUAAAUUUGAGGUGUGAAACCCCCUCAGGGAUUGACGAGGAUAAAUUUAAUUAAUCAAUCAAUCACUUCAUGAUUGCAUCAGUGCUUUUUUUAAUUAAAAUUACCUAAAAUCACGACUUUAUUUUAAGUAUUUUACUUCAUUUGAAAGCUGGAAAAAUCCCUGGCCCAAUCCCUGCUAUGUUUCUACUUUAAACAGAAUUUAAAAACUAAUUCUUUUCCCUUCAAUUUAGACUCUAAAACUCUAAAACAAUUUAGACUUUAAAAACUUUUAAAAACAAUUUAGACUUUUAAAUAUUUAAUAAGUUUGAAUCAAUCCUGUCCAGCUCAUUUUGGGAGAUUUAAAAUUAUUUUAUGUUCAAUAUUUUGAUUUUUUUCCCCUCAUAUAUGUAUUAAAAUUCAGCAGAAAUAUCAUCAGGGAAGGGAUUAAAGCUGCUGUAAUUUUAAUUAUUCCAUGUCAUUUUCAAUGCUCUUCAUAAAUUUAAAUCUAAGCUUGAAUAAAUUUUAAUUUGACUUUGCAGCCACUUGGGAUUUUUAGUUUGAAAAAAGCUGCGGGUUUUUUUGGGGGGGUUUUGGUGCCUCAGAAAGGAAUUUUUAGUCAUAAAAAAGGCGAUUUUUAGUCCUAAAAAGGCGAUUUUUAGUCAUAAAAAAUUCGAUUUUUAGUCAUAAAGGAGGCAAAUUAUUUUUCCCCCGCCUGGGGUGAAAUUUUGGAGUGGAAAAUUUGCUCAGCUCAUGACUCGGGUGUGAUUCACGAUUUUCAGCACCAAAAAAAUGCCCGGAAAUCCAUUUUUGGAUGGGGUUGGGAGGUGAACUUUGCGAUUGGAAUUAUUCCAAAUUUCUGAGCUGGCCGAGCACGAAAUUCCAUUUUUAAAUUUUUUUUUUUAAGGAAUUUCCGCCACGUGGGAGCUUUUCAGUGGGGCUAAAUCCUUAAAUUUUCUUCUGUUUUCUCCUGGAAAUAUUUUAAAACCUCGCGCACAAAACCUUAAUUAACGCCAAAAAUUAAUUUCUGAUGAAAUAACAAUAUUAAUGAGAAGCGAACUGCCUAAAAAAAAUUUAAAAAUUCUCUGCAAAACCCGAGUUUUUAGAGAUAAAAUCAGCGCUGAAAAGGUUAAAAUUCCUCUCCCUCAGCCCUGGGGCAGAAGAAUUUCUUGGCGGGGAAAGGGGAAGGAGAAAAAAUCCGAAUUUUUUCACCUUUUUCGAGCUGAUUUUCAGCCCAGCCGUUAUCGGCCACUUUCGGUCCCUCCCUCGGGCGAGGUUUGAAAAAAGCGAAUUUAAAAAGAAACUAAAAAAAACCUCCCGGAGCAUCCUCGGAACUAUCCCACGGCAAAAUCCCGGGAUAAAAAUCCCAGGAUAUUCCAGGAAAAGUCAGGGGCGGUCGGCGCUGGAGCAGCUCCUCACUGCCAGGAUGAGCAAAUUCCCGAAUUCCAGCCAAGCCCCCGGCGCUGGGAAUUCCUGCGGGAUCGCCCCGGGCCGAGCCAGCCACGUGGUUCCCAAGCUGCCCCUGCUGAGGAUCCUGAGGGCUGCGGGGGCCCAGGGCGACUCCUUCACGCUCAAAGAGCCCCGUGUACGAGAUGCUGAAGAGGAACCUGACCCCUGCUGCCCUCCCAGAUGCUGCACAGACUCUCCCAAAGGAGCAGAGCGUCGCUAAGCCCAGCCCAGACCAGCUGCAGCUCAGCCAGGAGGAAGGAUCUGACUCUGGGAUCCUGGAGGGUGACAGCAAAAGCUCAGCUCCAGCUACCUCAGAGCCCAAAUGUGACAGUUGUGAAGAUAAUGAUUUGAUAGAAAACCUCUCCAAAAGCAAAAAACCCAAGCUGGACCUGGUUUUUGAGGAAUGGGAUGUGGCUGGGCUGCCGUGGUGGUUUUUAGGGAAUCUCAGAAGCAAUUACAAAUCCAGGAGUAACGGAUCCACGGAUAUUCAGACUAACCAGGACAUUGACACUGCCAUAGUUUCAGACACCACGGAUGACCUGUGGUUCCUCAACGAGUGUCCCCUGGACCAGGGCGCUGCUGGGCUCAAGGUGGAAGUGCUGGACUGUGAGGAGGUCACAGAAGGUGACACCAAGGUACCUGAGGAUGUGUGCUUGGAUGAGCUGGAGGAUUCCCAGUGCCUGAGUGAUGACACGGACACAGAAGCUGCUUCUGAGGACUGCUGGCAAUGCUCCAAGUGCAGGAAAUUCAACUCUCCGGGAAAAAGGUACUGCUUCCGCUGCUGGGCCCUGCGCAAGGACUGGUACCGGGACUGCCCCAAACUGCCCCAUUCCCUGUCCCUUUCCAACAUCAAUUCCAUGGAAAACCAGGAGCAGGAUGAAGGGAUGGACGUCCCAGACUGCAGGAGGACGAUCUCGGCCCCGGCUGGCCAACCCAAACCCCUUUUCCUGGCAGAAAACAAACCCUGCGCCGAUCCCGGCGGCUCCAUCGAGUCCUUGGAUUUGGCGCGGGAUGGGAAAAAUCGGGAUUUUGCCAAGCUGAAGGAAGAGGAGGAGGUGGAAUCUUUGGAGAGCAUCAAAACCCUGCUGAAUCCCUGCUUCCUGUGCCAGCACAGGCCUCGGGAUGGGAAUAUUGUCCACGGAAGGACUGCUCACCUGGUGGCCUGCUUCAGGUGUGCCAGGAUGCUGAAGAAGAAGAGAUCGCCAUGUCCCGUGUGCAGGAAGGAGAUCAAGAUGGUCAUCAGGAUCUUCAUGGGGUAGGGAGGCUUCCUGUCCCGAAAGUAAUCCUAAAAUCUGGAUUUUUGCACUCAAACCCCCAUUGCAGUGUGUGCAGGAAGGAGAUCAAGGUGGUCAUCAGGAUCUUGAAAGAAUAACCCCAAAAUCUGGAUUUUUGCACUCAAACCCCAUUGCAGUGUGUGCAGGAAGGAGAUCAAGAUGGUCAUCAGGAUCUUGAAAGAAUAACCCCAAAAUCUGGAUUUUUGCACACAAAUCCCAACUGCAGUGUGUGCAGGAAGGAGAUCAAGGUGGUCAUCAGGAUCUUCAUAAAAUAACCCCAAAAUCUGGAUUUUUGCACUCAAACCCCCAUUGCAGUGUGUGCAGGAAGGAGAUCAAGGUGGUCAUCAGGAUCUUGAAAGAAUAACCCCAAAAUCUGGAUUUUUGCACUCAAACCCCAUUGCAGUGUGUGCAGGAAGGAGAUCAAGAUGGUCAUCAGGAUCUUCAUGGGGUAGGGAUUCUUCCUGUCCCGAAAGUAAUCCCAAAAUCUGGAUUUUUGCACACAAAUCCCAGUUUCAGUGUGUGCAGGAAGGAGAUCAAGAUGGUCAUGAGGAUCUUCAUGGGGUAUCAGGAUCUUCUGACCCUAAAAUAAUUCCAGAAAGAGGAUUUUUGCACUCAAAUCCCAAUUUCAGUGUGUGCAGGAAGGAGAUCAGGAUGGCCAUCGGGAUCUUCAUGGACCUUCUACUAAAAUAACCCCAAAAAUAGAAAUUUUUUUUUUUUUUUUGCACAAAACCUCGAAUUCCAGAGUUUGGUCUGCAGGAUCAAGAUGGUCAUCAGGAUCUUUAUGGGAUAGCAGGACCUUCUGCCCCUAAAAUAACCCCAAAAUGAAGAUUUUUGCACUCAAACCCCAAUUCCAGAGCUCAGCCAGUGAAACCAAAGAAAACAAAGAUUUAAUCCCAGCAAGAAUCAUCCACAGGAUCCACUUUUCCAUGGAAAUCACCUCGAGAUCAAAACCCCAACUUGGAAAUUUUCCCGAUUUCCCAUCUUCAGCUGGAUUUUAUCCUUUGCAUAAAAUUUCUUGGAUUCUUUCUCCUGACCAAGAACAGCAGAUUUUGGAAAAAUCGAAAACUUUGGAAUGUGUUUUUUUUUUUUUCCAUAAAUCCCGACUUGUGCAAUUCCUUUGGAGCUGAGAAAUAAAAACAGAAUAUUUAUGGUGGGAGGGAAGGGGAUUGGUUUUGGAGAGAAGAAAAUGAACUUUAUUCCUAUUUUUUUAAUUGUUUAAGGUUGGCAGGGUGAAGAAUUCCUUGCUCCCAGAUGGGAAAUAAAUCCAAGUUUUUAAUCCAGGUCACAAAUGCGAUGGAAAAAUAAUAAUAAUGUUAUAUUUUUCUUUC